CGUACUCUUUCUAUUUCUAUUUUCUCACCACACAUGUCUCUCUCAUCUUUCCCAUACAAUAAGCUUCCUUCUAAUCUGUCCGAGCCAAAAAAUUGAUUCAACCAACACUUCUUCUGUUUUACAUGGCAUUUAACAAGAACAAUAUCAAAAUCCAUGAACACUUCAAAGUUGUUCCUUCAUCAUCAACCCAAACUACAACAAUUCCUUUCACUUUCUUCGACAUAUUUUGGAUAAAGUUCCAUCCUAUAGAACGAAUCUUCUUUUACACCCUCCCAAAUUCACAAUCACACCCUUCUUUCUUCUUUCAAAAACUAGUUCCAAUUCUCAGAUCAUCACUCUCUUUAACCCUCCAACACUUUCUCCCUUUAGCUGGUAAAAUUGUUUGGCCAUCAGAAUCUCAACAACCAAAAAUCCAGUACACAACAAAUGAUGGUGUUUCAUUGCUCAUUGCAGAGUCUGAUGCAGAUUUCAGUCAUGUGAUUGAAAACUCACCUCAUGAAGCUUCUUUGUCUCGUUCUUUUCUACCACAUUUGGAAUCAACAGAUUCAUCUGCUUCUAUUAUUUCAAUUCAGAUAACCCUUUUUCCAAAAAGUGGUUUUUCCAUUGGAAUAAGCACACACCAUGCUGGUCUUGAUGGAAAAUCAUCAACCAUGUUCAUGAAAGCUUGGGCUUAUCUAUGCCACAAAAUAAUUGAAACCAAAGAAGAAUCACCAACUUUGUUACCUGAGUUAGAACCUUUAUUUGAUAGGGAAGUCAUCAAAGACCCGAAUGAGCUUGGUGUUACAUUCACAAAUAGCUGGACCGAGAUCAUAUCCACGAUUUUCCCAAGCGAAAAAGGAAACGAACAUAGCUUAAAUAUUUUACACUUUGAACCAAAACUUGAAGACUCCGUUCGUGCCACAUUCAAUCUCACGCGUGAAGAUUUGAACAAGAUAAAGCAAAUGGUGUUAUCAAAAUGGGAAUUUUAUGAUACAAAUGAAUCAUAUUCAAAGCCACAAACUUUAUCAUCUUUUGUUCUCACUUGUGCUUAUUCACUCGUUUGUUAUGCAAAAGCGAUUCACCGAGCAGAUAUGGAGAAAGAAAAGUUUUCUUUUGCUUUCACCGUAGAUUGCAGAGCAAGGUUAGAACCACCAAUACCAAGUAACUAUUUUGGAAACUGUGUUUGGGGGAACUUCAUCAGUACACAACCGUUGGAUUUCAUUAAAAAAGACGGUGUUUUCUUAGUUGCUAAGUGUAUUUACGAGAAAAUAAAGAUGAUAAAUGAGAACGGUGUUCUUGAAGGGGCUAUUAAUGAUGGGUAUGAUAAGUAUAAUUAUUUGAUAAAUGAAGGAUUUGGUGUGUUUGGAGUGUCGGGGUCUAAUAGAUUUGGUGUUUAUGAGACUGAUUUUGGUUGGGGAAGGCCAAAGAAGGUGGAGAUAGUGUCGGUUGAUAGAGGUUUAACCAUUGGUUUCGCAGAAAGCAAAGAUGGCAAUGGUGGGGUUGAAAUUGGUCUUGUUCUUAAUAAGCAUGUAAUGGAUCUCUUUAGCAAUUUGUUUCUUGAAGGACUAUGCUCCAAUUGAUUGUGGGAUGCAAGUGCAAUGUGUUAGAUAAUAAGAUGUCGGGCUCAUGUUGUUGGAUCUUUUUAGGGUUUAAGUGAAUCGAGUCCUUUUAGAUUUUAUUAUAUAAUAUUCACUUGUAAACCUAAUUUUAAUAAGUUAUGCUUUUGAUAUUAUUUAAAU